UAAAAAUGAAUUUGCAAAAUGACGUUUUAGGAUGUGGUCGAGGAUGAGUUGCGCAACGCUCACUCCAGUGGAGUAUAUAUUGGAGAAAUGAGAGCAGGCUAGCAUUCGACAACACAAGCCGAGCACAGCAACAUGAACAACAUGAGGACCCUCAUCGUAGUCUGCGCCUUGGUGGCCUGUGCCGUAGCUGAGAACGUACGCGAAAAGCGCGGUUUCCUCGGCGGCAUACACUCUGUAGGCGGGUACAGUGGCGGAUACAGCGGCUAUGGAGGCCACAGUGCAGGUUACCUUGGACACGGCUAUGGAGGGUACGGGGGGAGUAUCGGGGGAUACAGCGGAGGAUACGGCUACUCCGCGCCCGCCGCUAAAGUCAUCACCGUCAACAAAGUUGUCAACUCUCACCGCGUCGUGGACGUCCCUCAAGUAGUGAACGUCCGCAAGGUGGUGUCCGUGCCCCAAGUGGUGUCCGUCAACAAGGUCGUGGCCGCUCCCAGCUACAGCUCCUAUGGCGGUGGCUUCAGCUCCGGAUAUGGUUCUGGUUUCGGCCACGGUUCUGGCUACGGAGGAUACAGUUCUGGAUACGGAUCGGGUUACAGCUCUGGUCAUGGAUACUCCAACGGCUGGUGGUGAUAAUAUUCUGAAGCCACAAAAUCUUAUUAAGCUUUAGAUUUCUUUUAUUUUUCUACAAAGUAUUUAUGAUAUACUCCAAAAUAAACAAUAUUUUUUGUUAA